CAAAAGCAGAGGGCGAGAGAGGAGAGAGGCGAUCGGGUGUACCAGUGGAUCCAUCAUUUCGAGGGCGACGAGUCACCGGAGUCCCAGAGUCGCCACAGGCGAACACCGGCGAGGCGGUGCUCUGUGCAGGCACCUUCAACAUCGUCCGCAUCCGAUAGCCAGCUGAGGCGAGGUUUUUGGAGAAGGGGAAUUUCAAGUGAGAGAUGUACAACGGAAUAGGGUUACAGACCCCAAGAGGGUCUGGGACGAAUGGGUACAUCCAGACAAACAAGUUCUUUGUAAAGCCGAAAACUGGGAGGGUUGCUGAAACCACCAGGGGGUUCGAGGGAGAUCAGGGCACAGCUGGUGUCUCCAAGAAGCCCAACAAGGACAUCCUUGAGCAUGAUCGCAAACGCCAGAUAGAGCUUAAGCUUGUUGUGCUUGAAGACAAGCUCACUGAUCAAGGAUACACUGAAGCUGAGAUUGCAGAGAAGCUGCAAGAGGCCAGGAGGACUCUGGAAGCUGCCUCUGCUUCUGAAGCUAGUGGAGGUCCUACUGCCAUUGUGGCUGCUGAAAAGAAGGUUUCUGAUACACAAACACACCAAAUUGCUGCUAGAAAAGAGAAGCAGAUGGAAACAUUCAGAGCUGCUUUGGGUAUAGGGUUGACUAAGCAAAGUAAUGAGGAAAUUGAUGAUGAACCUAAAGUGGGGCAGAAGAUUUUGCAGCAUGAGAGACCUGAACAUGCUUUCCUGGAUAGAGAUUACAGUUCGAAAAAACAGGUGGAAGAAGUUGGAAAAGAUGAUAAGAGAAAUAGUGCUAGGGAUAUGAAGCAUAAGAAUGACAAUGGCCGAAAAAGAAGACAUGAUGAUUCUUCUGAUUCAGAUGAUAUUAGGAAACAGACAAGAGCAACUGAGAAGAAGCAUCGCAAAUAUAGCCGGAGAAGUGACUCAGAAAGUGAUUCUGAGGUAGAAUAUGUUAAUAGGAAGCACAAGAAACAAAAGAGCAAGAGACCCAGGAUGUAUAAGUCUGAUGAAUCUGACUAUUCUUCUGAAAGUGAUGGUGUUGGCAAGAUGCAGUCCAAACUGGAAUCUCGGAAAAAUAAGAAAUCUCAGAAGAAGUAUGAGUCGAGUGAGGAUGAUACUUUUGAUGAGGGCUCCAAGCAUCAAUCAAAGGAGGGAAAGCGCCAUAUCAGAACUGGCAAAGAUGAGGACACUGAGGAUGAGUCUGAUAUUGAUCGUAAGGUGAAAACAAGGGCAGGUGAACCUGCAAAAUUUAACGAGCGAAGUGGAGGUCGUAGAAGAAGUGAUUCCGAUUCCGAGAAUUCUGGAAAAUUGGGUGAAGACAUACGAAGGAAAGGCGGCAGGAGGCAUGAUGAAGACCGUGACAGUGAAUCUGACGAAGUCAUUGUGGGAAAGCAUAAAAAGUUUGAUAAAGUGAAGAAGCAGAGGAGGGAUGAUACUGAUGAUGACUCAGGUUCUGGGAGAGAGAAGAAAUUAGAUAAAGCUCGGAGUCGGAGACAUGACUCUGAUGAUGGGGACUCUGAUGGCAGUUUUGGUGGGAGAAGCGGCAGAAUAACAAGAAAACAAAGGGCAGUCGAAAGAGCACCAGUUUCUUCAGCAGAUGAUAGUAGCAGUGAUGAUACUGGUGGGAGUGACAGUGAUACUGACUCUGGCAGUAGCACUGAUGGUCGCAGACGUGCAAAAGCUAGUGAUGAUACUGGCAAGAGUAUACGUCAUGCUGAUGUCAAGAACAUGGCUGGCUAUGUGCCUAAUCGAGAAGGAAAAGGGUUGAGAUCUGGAGAUAAAAAUGAUGACAGAUCAAGGAAGGAAACUCUCAAUGAAUCUUGGGAUAAGACUGACAAAAGAAAGAAGGGCAACAGUUUGGAUGGUGACACCAGGGAUAACCUGCAAGAAUCAAAAUCUCAGGACAUUUUGAGGGAGGGAGAGCACAGCUUGGAACAUAGGAAGGAUAAAAAAUCCGAGUCUGAAGUGAAGACACGAACAUAUAAGGAUGAGAGAGAUCAGUUUGUUGAUUACUCUAGAUCUCGUAGAUCUGAAGGAAGGCGUGAAGAUUGGAAUGACAUGGGAGGUCGAAGUUAUGAAAAGGAGGAUCAAUUACAGAUGAGUGGGAGGAAAGCCAAUGAUGACUAUGAGGAAAGAGAAGAAAGGCGGCAUGACAGAGAUGAAAGGGAGGAAAGAGAAGAAAGGCUGCUUGACAGGGAUGAGAGGGAGCAUGAAGGAAGAUGGCUUGACAGAGAUGAAAGGGAUCGUGAAGGAAGAUGGCUUGAGAGAGAUGAAAGGGAUCGUGAAGGAAGACGUCGUGAUAGAGAUGAAAGGGGUCGUGAAGAAAAACGGCAUGGCAGAGAUGAGAGGGAACUUGAAGAAAGAUGGCAUGACAGAGAUGAGAGGGCACGUGGAGAGAGAUGGCAUGGCAGAGAUGAAAGAGAGCGUGCUGGAAGAAAGCACAUGAGAGAUGAAGAGCAUGGUUAUUCUGCAAGGCAUAGUAGAGAUGAUCGACCUUCUAAAAGUAGGAGAUAUGAUGCAAGGGAGGAGGAAGGGCGAGAAAAUGUAGCUUCUGGAGAAAAUAAUGAAAGGCAGGGAAAACAUUCUGGGGAACAGAAGAACACUCGGAGAGAAGAUGAGCAGCGAGGAUAUAGAGAUUACCAGACAGACAGCAAAGGGGAUGCCUCCAAGAGAGGCAGUAGAUAUGAUGGUUCCAGGUCCAGUGGGAGGAGGUCAGAGAAUGAUAGGGGGGAACACCGCAGCAGGCAUUGAAACUUAAGAUCCUUGCAUCUGUGAAUCGAGACUUCACCAUUUGAGAGCUGCUUCAGACCUGGAAUUAGAGAAAAGCUCACUGCCUGGUAUUGCAAUUCCAUGGCGUGACAGUGUUUUCCGUGUGAUAUUGCUGUUGUUGUUUGUGUAGAUGCUUUUACUGAAUAUGAUCUUGUUUGGUAAAGCACUAUAGUAGGAGAGGAUUGAGCUUUUUGCAUCAUCGUACUCUGCUGUUGUUGAGCUACAAGUAUCAGAGUACUUGUACAGAUGACAUGGAAUGUUUCAUAUUCUGAGACGUGCGAAUAUGGUUAUGUUUGCUUCAUCUUUC